AACUUUAUAAAAUAAAGGAAAAAGAAAAAAAGUAAAGCCAAGGCUGCAAUAUAAAAAAAGGUUUAUGCAUGCGUCAGGUGUUGAAUUCUGUUUGAUUCCCGGCGGUGGUGCCAAAGCUCUUCUUCCACCUCCUCCUCCUCAAGUCUCUCUAUAACUUCACCUCUGCAUGUUUCAUCUCCUUUAAUUUAUUAUUACCAUACCAUACAAUACAAUAUCUUCUUCUCUUUCAGAUUUUGAUCAACAUGAAAAGAAGUAAAGCAGAGUGGUUCAUCUCCCUCAGACGAAUUCAAUUCCUAAUCGCCCUAACCUUCUUCUGUAUGCUCAUCCUCCCCUUCACUUUCAAAUCACCCUCUCAACAAGAUGACGAUAUUCCAUCACUAAUCCCCCAUAGCAGCAGCAGCAGCAGCACUGAACGCCAAUUACAACAAAAAUCAUCCCGCAAAGUCCCAGACUUAUCCACUUUCAAUUUCACCUCAAAAGACAUCCAGAAGUCCGCAAUGGAAGCAUUUUCAGUAGGGAACAAGUAUUGGGAACAACUUCAAUUUCUUGAAUUUCAGUCACCCAUCAGUGAUCAUACCAGAGAGGUUUGCCCUAAUGCCCUGACAUUAUCAGGGUCUGAGUUUAACAAAAUGGGGAGUCUUAUUGUGCUUCCUUGUGGGAUGACAUUAGGAUCAUAUGUUACACUUGUGGGGAAACCGAGACCGGCUCAUCUUGAGCAAGACCCGAAGAUUUCGUUGUUGAAACCGGGUGAGAAUUUGAUGGUCUCCCAGUUUAUGAUGGAGUUGCAGGGUUUGAAAACAGUUGAUGGAGAAGACCCACCGAGGAUCUUUCAUUUUAAUCCUAGGUUGAAGGGGGAUUGGAGUGGGACCCCAGUCAUUGAAAUGAAUACUUGUUAUAGGAUGCAAUGGGGCCUUGCACAUCGUUGCGAAGGAUGGAGCUCUAGAAUUGAUGAAGAGAAUGUCGAUGGUCAAGUGAAAUGUGAGAAAUGGAAACGCGACGACGAUGAUAGCACGUCUGAGGAAUCAAAAACGACGUGGUGGUUAAACAAGAUGAUUAGUAGAGCAAAGAAGGUGAGAUAUGAUUGGCCUUUUCCUUUUGCACAAGGAAAACUGUUUGUGCUUACUUUAAGUGCAGGCUUGGAGGGUUAUCAUGUCAAUGUUGAUGGUAGACACAUAACGUCAUUUCCUUAUCGAACUGGAUUUGCAUUGGAGGAUGCCACAGGUUUGUCUUUGAAAGGAGACGUUGAUGUGAAUUCCAUAUUUGCAGGUUCAUUACCCUCAACACACCCUAGUUUUGACUCCCAAAGAACCCUGGAAAUGUCAAACAAAUGGAAGACACCGCCACUUCCAGAUGCUCCUGUCGAUCUGUUUAUCGGUAUUCUUUCAGCAGGAAACCAUUUUGCCGAACGAAUGGCUGUCCGCAAGUCAUGGAUGCAGUAUGAUCUUGUCAGGUCUUCACGGGCUGUUGCUCGUUUCUUUGUAGCACUUCAUGCAAGAAAGGAAGUCAAUGCCGAGUUAAAGAAAGAAGCAGAUUUCUUUGGUGAUAUCAUGAUUGUGCCAUACAUGGAUAAUUACGACCUAGUUGUUUUAAAAACUAUUGCAAUAUGUGAAUACGGGGUCCGUACAGCUUCUGCUAAGUAUAUCAUGAAGUGUGACGAUGACACAUUCGUAAGAGUUGAUAUGGUUCUUAAAGAAGCAAAUAAAAUAGACGAUGGCAAGAGUCUCUACUUGGGAAAUAUCAACUACUAUCAUAAACCCUUGCGAUAUGGCAAAUGGGCUGUAUCGUAUGAGGAAUGGCCAGAGGAAGAUUACCCACCUUAUGCAAAUGGUCCAGGGUACAUUCUAUCAUCUGAUAUUGCCGAGUUCAUUGCUUCUGAGUUUGAGCAGCACAAGUUGAAGCUGUUCAAGAUGGAAGAUGUGAGCAUGGGAAUGUGGGUAGAGCAGUUCAACAAGACUAAAGGUGUGGAGUAUGUGCAUAGUUUGAAGUUUUGCCAGUUUGGGUGCAUUGAAGAUUCAUAUACAGCACAUUAUCAAUCACCCAGACAAAUGCUGUGUAUGUGGAAUAAGUUACAGCUUCAUGGUCGUAUCGAGUGCUGCAACAUGAGAUGACACCCCCCAUUUUCAGUUCCUAGCUUCGUCUGUGUGUACAAACGGCUGACCGACCGACAGAGUUCCUUUGACAUCUUUUGUUUUUCUGACAUCUAUCACCUGUGUUUUAACAACCUUAGAGGAGUUAAAGAACAACUGUCGUAUGAGUUUCAUGUACAUUUUACGUGCAGAUAAGUUUCCAACGCAAGAUAUAUGCUUCUUUACA